CCCUAGCCUACAUUUUCCCCUCCCGGUUUCGACCAAACUAGCCGUCUUCGCGUACACCCUCGCUUUUCUCCCUCCCCUUCUCGGUGGUUUCGCUUAAAACCAUCGCCUUCGUGAACGAUCCUUCAGGAUACAGUCGCCAUUAGAGCUACCUGGGAAGUCAACGACGGGAUCGCGGCUUACGUAGACCACCGAAACUUCCAUCUUUCUCAUCCUUCCGCUCCUACCAGAAACCAUUGAGGAAGGAAGGUUUCGCAUGCUCUAUAAACUACGGCAUCGUGGGCUGAAAACCUAACCAAAGGAAAAAUUGCAGCAGGAGGAUCACUGUGCAGAAGAACAAUAUAGCCGACGGCAAUGACGUUCAAGCGCAGAAAUGGUGGCCGCAACAAGCACGGCCGCGGCCACGUCAACUUUAUUCGCUGUUCCAACUGUGGAAAAUGCUGCCCCAAGGAUAAAGCUAUCAAGAGGUUUCUGGUGAGGAAUAUCGUGGAGCAAGCUGCGGUGAGGGAUGUGCAGGAGGCCUGUGUCUAUGAAAAUUAUACCCUUCCAAAGCUCUAUGCUAAGGUCCAGUACUGUGUUUCCUGCGCUAUUCACUCUCAUGUUGUAAGGGUUAGAUCCCGCACUGCCAGGAGGGUUCGCGAGCCUCCACAACGGUUCAGGCGCAGGGUAUUUGAUCUCUCAUUUGAUAUUUCAGAUUACUUUUGCUGA